AUGGAGGAACCAAUGAUUGUCGUUAAGUUGGUGCUCGUUGGUGACGGUGGUACAGGUAAAACUACAUUUGUCAAACGUCACUUAACGGGGGAGUUCGAGAAAAAAUAUGUUGCCACUCUUGGUGUUGAGGUUCAUCCCCUAAAAUUCUUCACAAAUCGUGGAAAUAUUCAGUUUAACGUCUGGGAUACCGCUGGUCAGGAAAAAUUCGGUGGUCUUCGUGAUGGCUAUUACAUUGAGGGGAAGUGCGCUAUUAUCAUGUUUGAUGUUACCAGUCGUGUCACCUACAAAAACGUUCCUAACUGGCAUCGUGAUUUAGUUCGUGUUUGCGAAAAUAUCCCCAUCGUCCUUUGUGGCAACAAAGUAGAUAUUAAGGAUCGUAAAGUUAAGGCGAAAACCAUCACUUUCCACAGAAAAAAGAAUCUGCAGUACUAUGAUAUAUCUGCUAAGUCUAAUUACAAUUUUGAAAAGCCCUUCCUUUGGCUUGCGCGAAAGCUAUUCGGUGAUCCAAAUCUCGAGUUUGCAGCUAUGCCCGCUCUUGCCCCACCAGAUGUUCAAAUGGACCCCAAUCUGGCUCAAUCUAUAGAAAGCGAGCUUCUGGCUGCUGCGCAAGUGCCCUUGCCAGAUGAAGAUGAAGAUUUGUAA